AAGACGUGAGCUGCUCGAAGCGUCCGAGUUGUCGAAAGCAGUGGAGCUCCGGUGGGAUUCUCUGUGAUGGGAACUUAGUGGCAUUCUGGACUUCCGCCAUUCGGGGAGAUGCUCGUGAACACCACGACGCCGGCGCCGAUGCCACCGGUGGGGCUUUCUACAGCGGGGACCUUCGCAGAAAUAUACGAGAAGCUCCUACCGGUACUCCUGCAAUGUUUCGUCAUCGUGGCGUUAGGCUACAUUUCGGGUCGGACACGGCUGAUUCCCCAAUCGGACACCAAAGGACUCCAACUGGUCGUCUCCUAUUUCUUCCUACCGGCGUUAGUGUUCCGAUCAUUGGUGACGAUCGAUUUCUACACGGUUAACUACAGAUUCUUGGCGUCGAUCCUCAUCGGAAAGCUGGUCAUAUUCGGACUGGCCGCCAUUCUCACAUGGCUCCUGAAGAGGAAGGACCGGGUUGCGUUCGCCGGUCUGUUCGGCAUAUUCUGCAGCAUGUCGAACGAUUUCGCGUUGGGAUACCCUUUAGUCAGCUACCUGUACGAGAAAGACCAUCCCGAGUUCUCGCACUACCUGUACCUGAUCGCUCCGAUCCAGCUUCUGAUCAUCAAUCCGAUCGGUUUUGUGCUAAUGGAGUACGGUCGUCUGACGAAAAGACAAAUACCGUCACGGUGCAGGAGCAAGGCAAGCUCUCACUAUUGGAAAACUAUCCUAGGAAUCCUGAAGAAUCCCAUCAUGGUCAUGACAGCUGCUGGCAUUGUGGGUAACUUCGCUUUCAAGCAAAAACUUCCCCGCUUGCUCGAAGUGACGACCGAACCUCUCGGAGCCGCCUUCUCUGCCAGCGCUCUCUAUCUUCUAGGCCAGAACAUGGUCGGGGGCUUCAGCAGCAUGUGCAAAUACACAAUGUUGACCACUACCCUAAUCGUCUCUGUGAAAGUUCUGGCGGCGCCCAUUCUGAUCCGCGAAAUCAUGUCCCAGAUGGGCAUUCCCGACCCAGCGUACACGGAUUUCGGCUUCCUCUACGGGAUGCUCCCACCCGCUCCGACGGUGGCGAUUUUUGCCGCUCAGUUCUGUCUGCCGGGAGAAGCGGUCUCGGCCGGAGUCGUCGUCGGAACCUUCGUUUCGGCCCCGCUCAUCUUCAUCACCGCCACGAUGAGCAAGAUAAGUGAAUCGAGCCAGUCGUACCAACAGACGAUGGUGUCCGCCAUCUCGUAUACCAGUCUGAUCGCCUUACCGCUCUGUCUAUGGACGCUCUUCGUUUUGAUCCCGAAAAAGCAUCGAAUCACUCACUCUACGGCAAUUUGGCUACUAUCGGCCCAAACACUGACUUGCAUCGGAGGGAUCAUGCUCUUCUGGGCGCCGGGAGACGGCAGCGUAUUCUUCUACGUCCACACGUCGGUUUCGCUGGCGGGUAUUUUCGCCUCGCGCAUCUGGACAGCGAUGAUAGCGACCAUUCUCAUGCUGUGCCACGAGAGAAGUCUCUGUUUCGUGCUCAAGAUCCGGAGCACGUUGUUGAUCGGCGGUUCCGCAGCCUCGCUGAUCGCCACUCUCAUCCUAUUGGCCGGUAUCCCGUUCGGGAGCCACUUAAACCUCAUGAACGAUCCGAACUUCCAUCUCGGCCGAAUCCAGGCGGGUGUCGCGCUGAUCUUCCUCAUCAUUUCCUUCCUUGUGACGAUGUACGGCCUGGUUCGCCAGCAGAGGUUCCGGUCGCGUGAAGAAUACGAGCCUUUAUUCAUCGCUGACGACGCGAACUCAGUAUCCCCGAGCGUCUCUAAUAAUAUUUCCGUGGGACUUAACGAUCAGGCGGUACCGCAACUGCCAACCCCGGCGGCUCCUGCCAGUUCGUGCGCUAAUUGCUCCUGCUACAAGGGUAACCAGCCUGGAACGGCUAACGCCCUCCCAGACCUCGAGGACUUCGGGCUGUCGAAUUCAGUCAGGCGUAAAGUUCCGAGAGUGCGGCGGCUAAGCGAAAAGCAGGAAGUUGCUGCCACGGCAAGUAGCUCGGUGGUCAGCACGGAUCCGACCAUGUGUGGUCCGACUUACCAUUGCACACCUGCCGACAGGAAAACGUGCAUCUCAUCGGUAAAGCAAUAUCUCGAACAAGUACACCCCGGCGAAGAAGUCACCGAGCCCGAUGUGGAUCUUCAUCAGAACUUCAGACAUGUUUGUUUGCUCCUAAUGCUUCUGUUCUCGAUGAUGAUCGGCAUAGCGGUCUCGCUCUGGCAACUGCUCACCGAAAAACCAACCGGCAUUUUGCUAGAACUCGAGUUCUUAGACAUAAUCUUGAAUUAUGGGCAGGGAAUUCUGACGUUCAUCGUAUUCGGGGCCGACGCCUCGUGGCUGCUUUUCCCGUACCAUGCGAUCCUGAAAUUCUUCUGCAAAAGCGAAGUCAGCAUUCCUGCGUUUUGCGAACUUUCACCCGAAGUCAAACAGCUCUGCGAACAAUUCCGGAUCUAUCACUUGGAAAUCUUUGCGAACGACGUCUGGCCUGGAGUCGAUAUAGAGAACGUCAAGUUUUCCGGUCAGCAAAUGUGUGAUUGGCUGUGUAUGGUGGGAUUGUCUCACUCUCGAGACGAGGCUGUGACGUACGGUCGCACUCUUCUAGAGGGCAGGACAAUCGUACACGUUUCGAAAGAAAAACAUUUCGAGGACGAUGUCCACCUAUACCAGUUCCUAGCUCAUCCUCCGUGUGCCGUUCGAGCAAACAGCGAUAACUUCAAUGUCUAAAAGAACGCGAGGUUGCGCGCGAACGAAAAGUGAUAUCCGAGUGAGAAAAGAUUUACCUUUAAGAAGUUCAUCCGUUCCUCGUGAACGGCCGAUCUCGAUCGAGAAGCUGUUCCCAAUUCAUCGAGCAUAUUCGAUACUCCACGAGGUUCGCAUUUUUCACAUGUUCGAGGUUUGAGAUGAAUAUUGUGUCGAAGCGAACCUGCUCGAGAUUCAUGGCCCACGGACAGAUCUUCUGAGUUUUGGUCCUAGAAAGAAAGAACUUAUCGAGAUCUUUGUAAAAUUUGUAUCUCACAGCAAUUAUCAGACUCCGUCCUGAUCUGUAUAGAAAAUGAAUGAUUAAUGACUGGAACAGCGUAAGUUAUCAAUCUAAUGGUUGCAAUUUUCAUCGAAAGGAAAAUAUUUUAAUAAAUUAUGUUG